AUGAUCGAGUACAAGACUGUGCGGCUCAACCGUCUGGAUCCAGUUGAACUGCCCCCGGCGGCAUCGUUCGUACCGCCCUUCAGCACGAGCUCUUCGGACUCAGAUAUCGAUGAGAGCGAUUUAUUGGAGUCGGAGGAGGGGCAGGAUGCGGAACUCUACUCCGCGUAUCCCGAAGGGCAAGAUCUCUCACAGAGUGAUGAGGAGGAUGAGGCUGAGUCGGAUGAUGUCGGCAUCCUACAGAUCGGAGGUACUGGAAACAGCAAGAAUAAGCCAGGCAAGAAGGUAUCUGUGAACAGGCAGCAGGGCCUAGACAUGCACCUGCGCAGCGGGCUGGUGAGGCGCCCGCAGACCGAUAUCAGCAACGGCCCUUCGAAGCAGCCCGACGCCAGGACGCAAAGUUCCGUGGCCACGGCUGGCAGGGCCGAAAGCGGGUACAACAGCAGCUUGGAGGAUUGA